AGCAGUCUUCAGUGUGUGCGCUCCUCAUUGCGCUGCCAGCCUGUUCCCCAGUUCAGUCCAGCUGGAAGAAGACGACGACAUGUCACGUUGCAGCUCUUUCUGCUCUCUCUUCCUGCUGCUGUGCGCGGCCACCGUGAUGAUGAUACGUGAAGGGGACGCUCUUCGCUGUUACAAGUGCGCUGACUACACGGGCCGCUGUCACAAUGUGCAGGAGUGCACAUACGAGGAUGCCUGCUUGUCUCUGAGCGAGAGAGGAGGGAAGACCAUCCGUCAAUGCAUCAGGUACACAGACUGUGACAAUUCACGCCUCUCCCAGAUGUUCCCCGCCAUGUCGGCGUUCACGUACCGCUGCUGCAGCAGCAACCUAUGCAACUCCAGCAAGGCAGUCACCGUGGCAACACCCGUCACACUCCUGAUUGGCUCACUUCUCUGUGUCCUUGUGUGCUGGCUGUGAAAAUGUCACAUGACUGCAAAUAAACUAAGA